AUGGCUUGGAAUGCAGAAUUUGAGGUUGUGCAACAGCAAUUUUGGUAUGAAAGAUGUGGUUCACCCGGGGAUAUCUGGUGUUACACAGUGCACUACUUAGGGUCAACCAGUGGAAAACAGCUCACCGACUUGCCUCUCUAUAUUUAUGCUCUGUCAUCAGGGCAAGGUAAAUGUGGCAUUGCGGUACUUAGAGUGACAGGCAAGAGGGCUGCAGAUGUUUUUACAAGCAUGACAGUGCCAGCCUCACUCCCAUCGCCCCGCGUAGCUACGCUCAGGAGAAUUGUUCAUCCUGUUACUGGUGAGAGCCUGGAUCGAGGAUUAGUGCUCUGGUUUCCUGGUCCACACAGCUUCACAGGAGAGGACAGCUGUGAGCUACAUGUACAUGGAGGUCCAGCUGUCAUUGCUGCUGUUUUAUCUGCACUCAGUAUUCUCCCAGGGUACAAACUAGCACAGGCUGGCGACUUCACAAAAAGAGCAUUUUAUCAUGGCAAGCUGGAUUUGACUUCAGUGGAGGGGCUUGGAGAUCUCAUACAUGCAGAAACUGAAGCCCAGCGCAAGCUGGCACUCCGUCAGAUGGAAGGUGUACUAGCUCAGCUCUACAAUCGUUGGAGACAAACACUCUUGCAGUGCAGAGCUGGCCUCGAAGCUUAUAUUGAUUUUAGUGAAGAUGAAAACAUAUCAGAGGGUAUAUUGGCAGACAUUGAAGUCAAAAUUUGUAAACUUAUCCAAGAACUGAAAUGUCAUCUGGGAGAUGAUCGGCGUGGAGAGAGGCUAAGAAGUGGCCUGCAACUAACCAUCCUUGGUAGACCCAACGUAGGCAAGAGCAGCUUCUUGAAUAUUCUCACGCAAAGACCAGCAGCCAUUGUUUCUCCUAUUCCAGGUACAACACGAGAUGUGGUUGAAUCUUCGCUGGAUCUUGGUGGCUACCCAGUUAUCAUCAGUGAUACAGCAGGUCUUCGACAAACAGAAGACAUAAUCGAGGUAGAGGGGGUAAAGAGAGCACAAGCAAGAGCCCGUCAUGCUGACGCAGCUGUGAUUAUUCUUGAAGCACUAGAGGUUUUACAGCUUGUUAAGAAAAAAGACUUUGACUGGAACACAUUUCUGAGUAACUAUUUUAAAGAACUGGGGAUUUAUGAGUGUGAAAACAGUAAUAGCAGGGAUAAUUUUCCUGCAGGUAUAUCAUUACAGUGGAUACAAAAUAAAAAUUAUCUUACAUUGAUUAAUAAAGUAGACUUAAUUGAAUGUGCAAAGGACAGGAAUUUGCUUGCUAGUGUCUUGAAAGAUUCUUGCAUUUUGCUCUCUGUUAAAACCCAAGAAGGGUUUACAAAUGUACUUCAGAAGUUAAAACAUCUUUGUGCCUCUAUGUGUGAAGUAGGAACAGCAGAAAACCCUACAUUAACUUCAGCAAGACACAGAGCACACAUUUCAGCUUGCCUAGAAGCUCUUACAUUUAUAAGUUCAGGGAAUAAAGUUACAGGAGCUAAGGAAAUGCUCGAACACAGCGUAUCAGAAAAUAAUCAGAAAGCAUCAUAUGGGUAUCAUCAGUCAUCACUUUCAUUUAAUGGUAUGAAUGUUGUUAAGGGCUCUAACAGUGACAUAACUCAAGAAUCUUCACUUGAACUAAUAGAUAAAGUGUGUGGUAACUUGCUACACUCAGAAGAUACAAUAGUAGUGGCUGCUCAUUAUCUUCAUCAAGCAGCCACUAGCCUCGGUUAUGUCACAGGAAGCAUCACCACUGAUGAUGUCCUUGAUCAUAUUUUCUCUGCUUUCUGUAUUGGAAAAUAGGAUAAUAAUUAUUAUAAUCAGAAAGAAGGCUAAACCUAACAAAAAAAUAGGAUAAUUUUUUUUUUAUACACGCACAGAGGUGCCCAGUUUCACUGUGCAUUAUUAUAAUAAAAAAAGAAGCGCUAAACCACAAGGGCUAUACAGCGCUGCAGGGCAGGAAGGAAGCGGGGGUACCAGGUGGCAAAAGGGAGAGGGAUAAUUAGUAGGUUCACUGUGCAAGUUGUCAGAUUCCAAUUUCAGUUUGCCAUAUUCUCUUGGACUGUUCAGGCUAUCAGUGAGCACACAAUUUAUCUUUGACAUUGUCACUGCUCUAACACCCUUACUUUAUCUUCCCUCCUUGCUGAUGACCCCACCUUUGACACUCCCUCUUCAACCUUUUGACAGCAACAGAUUUAUUACACAACCUUUGAUUAUGCUUCACUGACCUUACACCCUCUACCCUGCAGCACUGUAUGACUGGUGGUUUAACAAUUAGUUUUGAUUAUAAUAAUAAUAAUAAUAGAGUGGUGAAGCAAUGUAAAAAGAGAGCAAAUGAGAGAGUGGGUGAGAUAUCAACAAAUUUUGUUGAAAAUAAGAAAAAGUUUUGGAGUGAGAUUAACAAGUUAAGAAAGCCUAGAGAACAAAUGGAUUUGUCAAUUAAAAAUAGGAGAGGAGAGUUAUUAAAUGGAGAGUUAGAGGUAUUGGGAAGAUGGAGGGAAUAUUUUGAGGAAUUGAUAAAUGUUGAUGAAGAUAGGGAAGCUGUGAUUUCAUGUAUAGGGCAAGGAGGAAUAACAUCUUGUAGGAGUGAGGAAGAGCCAGUUGUGAGUGUGGGAGAAGUUCGUGAGGCAGUAGGUAAAAUGAAAGGGGGUAAGGCAGCCGGGAUUGAUGGGAUAAAGAUUGAAAUGUUAAAAGCAGGUGGGGAUAUAGUUUUGGAGUGGUUGGUGCAAUUAUUUAAUAAAUGUAUGGAAGAGGGUAAGGUACCUUGGGAUUGGCAGAGAGCAUGCAUAGUUCCUUUGUAUAAAGGCAAAGGG